AUGACAUCUAGCGCCCGAAGCCUGAACAGCAGUAAGGACCUGGCCAUGGUGCUGAGCAAUGUUCAGCUUGACGCCCGCUCAACAGACUGUCCCCUUCACCAAGCUCGUGAACAGGACCAACUGCACGCCCUGAUUCUGAUGACCCCCCUCCCCUCACCCUGUACCUGCGGAGCUGCAGACGGACCACAGCUGGCUCCCGUGGUUGUGCGCAUGUACCAACCGGAUCCGGAUACACCAGCUCUCCGCUCCGGGGUACUGGACAUGUUCCCGUCCCCAGAGCAACUGGCAACCAUGUUGUUUGACGUCAUGCAGGCCCUGGGCUGGAGGGAGACAUAUGUAGUAUACAACAAGCGGUCAGGCUCCCGGAGACUCAGCAUGUGGGCCAAGGAAGUUCCGGUUGCCAUGGUUACAAAGAAGGACGAUGACGUUCUGAACGCCGUGUUGUAUGACGUCAGCACUGCUGGACGAGAGAAUGUGGUUCUGAUGACGAGUGAUGAACUUGUGGGAGUCAUUCUGGACAAGGCUGCCGACAUGCUGCUGCUUACAUCGCAGAGCCGCUGGAUCGUUACAAGCUUCGAUGUCCAUGAAAGUCAGUUGCAGAGCGCACGGAACAGUGGAGCCCUCCUGACCCUGCUCCGCCCCUUCCCUGAGACACCCCCGCCCUGGGGACGUGAUGCACCUGAUGGACAGCUGUCUUACAGGACGCGGCUGGCUUUGGACGCAGUCAAGCUCGUGUCUAGCCUGUCUCCGGACCUGGUCACGGGGUACUCCCGGAGGUCGGACUCUCUUUACCCGAGAGAGGGGGACUGCCGUGCGGGAAUGUCAAAAUAUAUAUCAGAGGACAGCUUCUUAGGUUACAGCGGACACGUGUCAGUUGACAGUUGUGGGAAGAGAAAGAACGUGACAGUCUUCGUCGAUGAGUAUCUCCAAGGGGAAUCAAAACAGGUGGGGACCUGGACUGCAGAAGACGCGGCUGAGAUCCAGUCCGGAUGGCAGAAACCCACCGAAACGCACCUCCUCUCGGGACGGCACCUCCGAGUCUAUACUGGUCUGAGUAAACCAUUCUUCAUGAAGAAACCAAGCAAAAGUGGUGAGUCUGGGUCAACUCCGUAUCAAGGCUAUUUUGUAGACAUGCUGGAGAUGCUGGCUUCGCGCCUGAACUUCACCUGGGACAUCACGGUUGGUAGUAGGGUGCGGCCUAGGAUCAUAGCAGCGGCUGAGUCGAAGAAGGUAUGGCUCACCUUUGUGGCCGCUGUUGUGGGAGUGAGUCUGGUCAUGGCGGCAAACGGCCGUCUGAACCCGUACGAGUGGUCCAAGGCAGCUGGGCGAGAAGAGGUGUCAGAGGAGGAGGCAGACAACCUCAGCCUCGUCAACAGCCUCUGGUCUACCUUUGGAGCGGCUGUGUGUCAGGGGCAGGAGUUUCUUCCCCGAUCUUCCGCAGGAAGAGUCAUAGUCGGUGCCUGGUGGUUCGUGAUCCUGGUUAUGGUCGCAUCUUACACUGCCAACUUAGCUGCCUUCCUGUCCAGACCAUCAACAGAGCGGAGCAUCAGGAGCCUGGCUGAUCUGGCUCGGCAGACAGACGUGCCGUACGGGACCUACAAGAAAUAUACAUUAGUCAAGUUCAUGAAGAAUUCUCAAGAGGAACCUUUUAAGACCAUCGGUCGAUAUCUCGACCAAAAUUCAGACGAGGUCCUCUUCAACACGUCCCGUCAGGCAUUUGAGCGCGCUGCUAAGGGCGACUUUAUCUUCAUCUCCCCAACCACCUACGAGUACGAGAUCCUCAACGAGAGAUGCGACAUGGUCAUCCUCACCGACGAGUAUUUCUACAAGUAUGAGGUCGUAUUUCCGUUUCCGGUUGGUUCACCCUACCGGGCCGAGAUCAACCAGGCCCUGAUGAAGAUGACACAGGACGGGCAGAUGGACGCCCUUACGAACAGGUGA